CUCUCUCGCGCAGGCGCACUCGCCUCAAGCUAAGUCAACUACUCCAGACGUUGAGUCGGCAGUACUUCCGGAAGGAGGCUCUCUCCAUCCAGGGGAAAGGCCCUGCCGGCUUCCGCUUUGCUUCUCAGCUCGGGGCGCCUUCUGCCUCUGCUUGGUGCGGUGGGCUCCGGAGAGAGCAUUGAACAUUGAUUGCUGAGGAAGAUUUUGUCAAGCUGUUCACUCUUAAGUCUGGAUAAGCUUCAUUGAAAGUGAAUUAAAGAAGUUCAAGUAAAUAGAAGGAUGAAGCUUUAUAGUUUAAGUGUCCUUUUCAAAGGAGACCCAAAAGUACAUUUACUGAAAGCUGCUUAUGAUGUGUCAUCAUUUAGCUUUUUCCAGAGAUCCAGUGUUCAGGAAUUCAUGACCUUCACAAGUCAGCUGAUAGUAGAGCGUUCAGAGCCUGGUAGUAGAGCUUCUGUGAAGGAACAAGAAUACCUCUGUCAUGUCUAUGUGAGGAACGAUGGGUUGGCUGCAGUAGUGAUAGCAGACAAUGAGUAUCCACCCCGGGUCUGUUUUACAUUGUUGGAUAAGGUGCUGGAUGAAUUCUCCAGGCAAGUCAGUAGGACAGACUGGCCUUCUGGAAACCCAACAACAAUAAACUACACAGCAUUGGACGGCUACCUUAGUAAAUAUCAGAACCCUCGUGAGGCAGAUGCAAUGACAAAAGUGCAAGCAGAACUGGAUGAGACCAAAGUCAUUCUACACAAUACAAUGGAAUCCUUGUUAGAACGAGGAGAGAAACUGGACGACUUAGUAUCUAAAUCAGAAGUUCUUGGAACUCAGUCAAAAGCCUUCUAUAAAACUGCCCGCAAGCAAAACUCCUGCUGCAAGAUCAUGUGACCCUGGUUGGCUGUGACCCACAACGUACUCUGGACUAUCAGGCUUUCAUUUGCAUUCAGGACUCCGAGGACAAGACAGUAAGAAGAUGAGUCCCAACACUACCUACAGUGGCAGCCCAUAUUUCUAGAUUUUUAACCACCUCAGCCAGACUGGGUGCAUAGAUUGGGAUAUGAUAUUGCGGUUCAUGAAUUUAAAGCAAUCUUUUAAAAUUUCCUUCUCUUGGAAAGAAGUCAUCUUGGACAAGGUGCUUGCAUUGUAUAGUGGUGAGAAUACACUGACUUUCCCCACUGCUAUCAAAGAGGCCCUUGUUCUACCAGUUGGGCUGAUUCCUACUUUGUUGGACUUUAUGGGGCUUUUUUGAUUCUUUCUAAAACCUGAAAACAGACCUGGACUGAGACUGCAUUUGCCGCUAUUUUUCUCAUGUGAGACUAAACGGUUUGCCCAUCUGAAGGUUGCAAGCUGGUAUUGAGACCAGUCUUGGUGUGUCAUCAAAGGAUAGUCAUGAAUUUCCUUGUGUACUGUAUUUCCCCAUUUUAGUCACGGAAGGAUGGUAGAAGCAAUCUAGACACUCCCAACCCCUUCUGACUUUUCCAGGUACUAUUUGUGGACACACAAGGUGGGAAGAACUGUUCUGCUUUAUAAUUGAAUAGAAGUGCUCCAUGGAAAGGGAUUUCUUGGAUGGUUAAAAUUCUGAUUCAAAGCUGGAAAAUUUCCCAUCUUGGUGGUAGAUCUCUGCAGGAAACGAGUAGCUUUUGAGAGCUAAUUUUCACAACCAGCUCUGCCCCUAAGCCUGGUUUUAUUUAAGUAGGCAUGUGGCACCAUCUGUGGGAAAUCUUAUAUAUUUUGCAUUGAUUGAAGGAGAGCUUAACCAUGGCCUGGUCAGAUUAUUUUGUAGGUGGCUUGUGCUUUUGUUAUUCUUUUCUGGAUAUGUGGAAGAGCACUUUCACAGUCUGACAAUCCCUCUUCACUGGCAACUUUGUGUUAUGGCUGCUGUUAGGCAGAACCUCUGCCAUAGUAUUAACAAGUUGCCAUUCACUGAUAGCAUUGUGUCGUUGCCGAAAAAUGCCACCUGCUGUUUUACACUCAGAGCUGUACCAGUUUCGUGGAGCGUGGCUUGUCCUAGAUGGAGCAUAAGUAUGUUAGCUGCUAACAUUGUACAUCUUGGUGUUGUCUUGUGAUGUUCUUGGCUGGGUGUUUUGUCCCAUCCCCUGCCCUGGAAAGUUUGACCUUGCUGGCUAGUUUUGUGUAAGUGUAGAAAAUGUUCUUACAGUGCUUUUCUCUCUCUAGUGCCUGAUAUUCGAGGCACGUUCUGUCCUGGAAGGCAGGGGAUGCUGGUUUACGGCCGCUUUCCCAUCUUACCUUUCCUUACUGCUCCUGUGGUGGAUUGAUCUGCAUAUUGAUGCUUUAAAAGAGCAUGUAUUUGACAAGGGGGCCGGAGUGAAGCAGUUCUUGUAGCCAAGUGAAAUGAAAUGUCACACAGUGCUUUUGUACAUUAGUAAGAUUGUGGAGAAAGCAGCCAUUUGGCUGUUACCUUAUUUUCCCAGUUGCAACUAUUGUGUAACAAGCAGUAUAUACUAAACCUAGGUUUCUAAAAAUGGCCUGGCCAGACCUGAGACUUGUUGAGUGCAAUUCUUCAUUCACUUACUCUGUCCAUUCCUAUUUAUUUUGUUUAGUGGUGUUUCACUCUCAGUUCCAAUAAUCUCUUGAGCAGCCAGCAACUACUAAAUUGUAAGCCUCUUGUAGUUUAUAAACAGACAUUAACCUUGGGACUAAAGGAAGGAAUUUGGGCAACUGAGAACCUCAGUGUUUAAGAUGUUUCUGUUGACCCAUUAUAUGAAUAUUGAUGCAGCAUGGGACUUGAUAGCUUUGCUGCACUUCCUUGCUCCCUUGGCCGAAGUGCACACUUGGCUGAGUGCAAACUUGAAUCAACGUUAUGCAGUGACUGUAUUGGCAGAGCCAAUGCAGCGCCCUUCUAGGUGCCAGCAAUCACCAGCCUUAAUUUUUCCUUCCUCCUGCAACCUCUGCUUCAGAUGUACCCUAGGGCAGUUGGGUUUCCUGUAAAGUCCAUAUCUUUUGCAGUCGGUUUCUUCUGUGGGCAGUUGCUUUGAUCCUAAGUAGCUCUCCUAAUAAGAGGGGAUGGGUAGAAAGCUGCAGUGAGUUCCCUUGUUACAUACUUUAGGCCAAAACUGUUACUCAAUUUGGUCAUUUUUCAAAUGAAGAUGGACUUGCCCAAAACAGUGGAGAGCAAGCUGGUUAGGCUCACGUGCACCCAUUGGUUCUUUACCUUCUUCCUUCUUUCUAACGUGGAAGCUUUUACUAAAGAUUGUAUUUUAAUAAAUAUUGCUUAAUUUCUCUAUGUACUGGAUUAUACCUAUGUGGAUAAAGUUAUCAUUUGAGCAUUCAGAAA